AUGGAAGACAAACAGGAGCUGGAAAAGAUAGCUAAUGGUUUAGUGGAAGGAAAUAAGGGAAUAUUAGCGAUAGAUGAAAGUCCUAAGUCAAUGGAAAAGAAGUUUGGUAGUGUGGGCAUUCCUAACACAGAAGAGAAUAGGCGAAGAUAUCGAGAAGUGUUACUAACUGCUCCAGCUGGGAUAGAACAAUACUUGGGCGGUGUGAUUUUGAAUGAGGAGACUUUUCCUCAGAAAGAUAGCCAGGGAAAGGCCUUUGUAACGACUUUACGUGAAAAGGGUAUCUUUGUUGGAGUUAAGUUAGAUAAAGGAUUGUUGCCUUUAGGAGAAGGAAUGACUGAGCAGAUAAGUACGGGACUAGAUGAUUUAAGUGUGCGCUGCCAAAAGUACCGAGAAGGAGGAGCAUCUUUUGCUAAGUGGCGCUCAGUCUUCUCAAUUAGUAAGAGUAUGCCAUCUGAGGAAUGUAUUUACAAGAACUGUGACAUUCUUUCAGAAUACGCACUGAUUUGUCAGAAGAACCGUUUGGUCCCAGUCGUGGAACCAGAAGUCCUUUUUGAUGGUACGCAUACGGGCGAAGAAUGUGAAAUUACCAGUGCAUCCGUGAUUUCUUGUUUAAUCUACCACUUUAAUCGAAAAGGUGUGCACAUUCCGGGUCUAUUGUUAAAACUAGGCUUUGUCACCUCGGGAUCCAAAAAUGAACGAUUGAGUCUAGAAGAAGUUGCUUCUGGCACAAUUCGGGCCUUUAUGUGGUCUAUUCCUCCUAGUGUACCAGGAGUAGUCUUCCUAAGUGGCGGCCAUCCAGAAGAUGUCUCAGUUGAGUACUUAAAGGAAGUUAAUAUGAAGAAGCGAGCAUGGGGCAGUCCCUGGGUAAUUUCCUACUCAUUCGGACGGGCCCUCCAAGAUAGUGUACUCCACAAAUGGGGCAAUAAGGACGAGAACAAAGCCGAUGCCCAACAACUCCUAUUGGAAAGAGCCCGCAUCUGUUCCCAAGCCAUAGCUAGUGAUCAAUAA